AUGGAUGCGCAGGCGGGCGCCUGGCCCCGCGGGCCUCGCGGCCGGCUCGGCGCGCCGCCCUCGGGGGCGCAGGCUCCGGCGACGCCCUGGGCGCGCUUCUCGGCCUGGCUGGAGUGCGUGUGCGUGGUCACCUUCGACCUGGAGCUGGGACAGGCGCUGGAGCUGGUGUACCCCAGCGACUCCCGGCUCACGGACAAGGAGAAAAGCAGCAUCUGCUACCUGUCCUUUCCCGACUCCCACUCAGGCUGCCUCGGGGACACGCAGUUCAGCUUCCGGAUUCGUCAGUGUGGAGGGCGGAGGAGCCCCCGGCCCGCCGAGGACAGGCAAUAUGACAGCGAGGCCCCCGUGUCACUGCAGAGGGAGUCCGCACACUACUUCGGCUAUGUGUACUUCAGGCAGGUGAAGGACAGCUCCGUGAAGAGGGGCUACUUCCAGAAGUCUCUGGUGCUGGUGUCCCGCCUGCCCUUCAUCCGGCUGUUCCAGGCGCUGCUGAGCCUGAUCGCCCCCGAGUACUUUGACAAGCUGGCGCCCUGCCUGGAAGCAGUGUGCAGUGAGAUUGACCAGUGGCCGGCCCCGUUGCCUGGGCUGACCCUGAACCUGCCAGUCGUGGGCGUCGUCCUGCAGGUACACAUCCCAUCCAGAGUGGACAAGCCUGAAUCCAGUCCGCUGCAGCAGUGUGGCCAAGAGAACCUGCUGCCGGCCCCACUGGUGCUCUCCAGUGUCCACGAGCUGGACCUGUGCAGGUGCUUGCAGCCUGUGCUGAGCCAUGUGCAGACGCUGUGGGAGCUCAUGCUCCUCGGGGAGCCCCUGGUGGUGCUGGCGCCCUCGCCCGCCGUGUCCUCGGAGAUGGUGCUGGCCUUGACCAGCUGCCUGCAGCCCCUCAAGUUCUGCUGCGACUAUCGCCCAUACUUCACCAUCCACGACAGCGAGUUCAAGGAGUUCACCACCCGCACGCAGGCCCCACCUAACGUGGUCCUGGGGGUCACAAACCCUUUCUUCAUCAAAACGCUCCAGCACUGGCCCCACAUCCUCCGUGUCGGGGAGCCCAGGAUGUCAGGAGGCCUUCCCAAGCAGGUCAAGCUGAAAAAACCCUCGAGGCUGAAGACCCUCGACACCAAACCAGGCCUCUACACCGCCUACACGGCGCACCUGCGCCGGGACAAGGCGCUGCUCCGGCGGCUGCUGCGGGGGCUGCAGAAGAAGCGGCCUGCGGGUGUGCUGACCGCGCUGCUGAGGCGGCACCUCCGGGAGCUCACGCAGAGCUUCAUCAUCCCCCUGGAGCACUACAUGGCCAGCCUCAUGCCCCUGCGGAAGAGCAUCACGCCCUGGAAGACCCCUCCCCAGGUCCGUCCCUUCCACCAGGAGGACUUCCUGUGCAGCCUGGAGCAGGCGGGGCCCCAGCUGACCUGCAUCCUCAAGGGCGACUGGUUGGGUCUCUACAGGCGGUUCUUCAAGUCCCCCCACUUCGACGGCUGGUACCGGCAGCGGCGCAAGGAGAUGGCCCGUCAGCUGGAGGCCCUGCACCUGGAGGCCAUUUGUGAGGCGAACAUCGAGACCUGGAUGAAGGGCAAGUCCGAGGUGGAGGUCGUGGACCUGGUCCUGAAACUUCAGGAGAAGCUGGUGCGGGCACAGGGCCACCGGCUCCCGGUGACAGAGAAGACACUGCAGCAGGCCCGGCUGAACAUCGAGACGGCCAUUGGCUCCCUGCCCAAGGGUCUGCAGGCCGCCCUGUGCCCUCCCUAG